GAAAUCUUUAAACAAGAGAUUAGCUGUAGCCUGAUCCUUCUUUCGGAUAUGGCCUAAUUAUGCAAAUUGUGCUCGUUUACUCAACGUGAACCCGUAUUUGUCACCUAAUUGUUCAAUAAUUAUAAGAUCAUGCAACCACAUGUUGCAUGUCUUAACCUACGAACACUUAGCCUUCAAGUCACAAUCACUUAGGCCAUGAACUUGUUUGGUAAUGACUGUUCUUCCCAGCAUUCUUCGAUGCCUUCAGAAGAUGAUAUUCUGAUAAAGAAACUCCUGUUGACACAUGAUCCUGAUGGUCGUCGCCUAGAUUCCGAGCUACUGCUUCGUGCAAUGGAGAAUGUCCUGUGUUAUGCUGCUGCAUCCCAAGUCUGUGGUUUUCAUAUUGAUGCAAUUGCAAAGGAUGAUGUAAGCGACAUUGAAGUGGUUGGAUCACAAGAAACACUGGCACAGAUCAUCGACAGAAUUAAGAUUGAGAUGCUUCGCAAACAUUCUGGCAAGGAAAACCUGCACACGAGAACGAUGAUCUUGUUUGAUGUGCUUGGAAAUUAUAGAUGGGAUGUCAAGGCGGUAUUAACACUUGCGGCCUUUGCAACAACCUACGGUGAAUUUUGCAUCAUAAUGCAGGAAUACCCUUAUAACCCCUUGGCAGUAUCAGUCGCCAAGCUGAAGCACCUACCUCUCAACUUAUGGCCAUUGAAGCCCCAAUUUAAGGCCUUGAGCUUCUUAGUCAGGACAAUGAUUGAUGUUACCAAGUGCAUAAUAAAGUUUGAAGGGCUUCCCUUUAGAUAUGCACAGCUGGAUGAUGAAACAAUGGUCAUUGCAAAGUCUUGCAUCUAUGUAGCUGCUUACUGGGUCACAAGAAGCACAGUGGCAUGCACUUCUCAAAUCAGAGACUUGAAAGCCAUGAAGCCUGAGCAAGUGUGGUCAAAUUCAACAUUGAUUGCAGCAUGGGAGCUCUCGAGCCUGGCUUAUAAGUUGAGCAGCAUAUGCAGUCACCUCAGGCCGCAGGUGGAUUUGUGUCAUCAACAAAUGGAGGAAAAGAUGCAUCAGAAGCUAUUAAAAGUUUUCCAGGAGGUCCAUCCUGAUAACCAAGAUGUCCUAGGAAUAUUAUUGGCUGCAAAGGAUGAGUUACCACUCAAGAAUUCCUCCACACAAGACAAGCUAGGUGUAUCUGAAAUGAAGGGCAAGGUAGUUUUACUUUUGGUAUCAAAGGCAGAACUCCUUCCACAAGAGGGAUUGCUUCUGCUGCUUGAUAGAACAUAUGAUCAUCCUUACCACAAGAAGUUAGAGGGAAGUUAUGAAAUUGUUUGGAUCUCAAUUUCUGAUACAUGGACUGAUGCUGAAAGGGACACAUUCGAUUUUUUGUCAAACUCUUUGCCAUGGUACUCAGUCCGGCGACCGUGGGUGCUCUACUCAGCUGUUGUGAACUACAUAAAACAAGAAUGGGACUACAAAAAUGUCCCUCUUAUUGUAGUGUUGGAUUCAAAAGGUAUGGUCAGAAAAUCAAAUGCAAUGGAUAUGGUGUUCAUCUGGGGUGCCACAGCAUACCCCUUCUCAACUUUGAAAGAAAAGGAACUCUGGGACGAAGAGAAUUGGACCCUGAAACUUUUGCUUGAUGAAAUUGACCCUCUAUUAACCACCUGGGUAGAAGAAGGCAGAAAUAUUUGCAUUUAUGGAAGUGACAACCUAGACUGGAUUAGGGAAUUCAAUGCCACGUGUAAGGUGAUCAGAAAUGCUGGUGUGCAGCUUGAAAUGGUGUAUGUUGGCUGUAAGGACCUUGGCGAACAAGUAAGACGCCUGUUAGCUAUUAUCGAUGAAGAACUGCACAGAAGUUUAUUCUCUUUCACAAAACUCCAUUUCUUUUGGCUUCGGUUGGAGAGUAUCAGAAGAUCAAAACUCCAACUGGGACAAUCAAUCCAUUCUGAUGAUCAUAUCUUGAAAGAGGUGUCAGCAUUACUAGAUACGGCGAACGAAGGGUGGGCCAUAAUCGGAAGAGGGAAUACGGCAGACAUUGUAAAACUUUCAGCUAGUGAAGCAAUAAAAUGGUUGGAUAGGUUUCCAGAAUGGGAAGAAAAUGUGGCAAAGUUAGGAUUCGUGUCAGCACUUAGAGCUGCCAUUGAUCCACCUCCUCCUCCACUAGGGCCUUGCAAUCAUUCGAAAGUUGUUCCUUAUGCAGAAGGGCUAACAGAAGAAACUGUACUGUGUGAGAAGUGUAAGCAUCCCAUGAAGAAGAACGUUGUUUAUGAGUGAAAUAUCGAUAUGUACUGAGCAAACAAACAUCAAGCUAUUUAUUUGAUUAUCGCUGUUAAACAGAAUGCCUGACAAUUUAUUAUGAUCAUCUAAUUACAGAUUGAAGCAACUUAAUUUUACAGUA